GCGCUAUGACACAAAUCAUUUGCCAACAUGGCGAGAAGCAGACGAUAUCUCCACUGUCUGAACUUUUCCGAAUUUUCAGCAAUGUUUGUUUGGUAUAUUUUGUUUCUGUUGGCAUUUUCUUCUUCGUCUGAUGCUUGGGAUCAAACCGACCUAGAACUGUUUGAUUUGGUAGAGGAAAUACAGCUGAAUUUCUAUGAAGUCUUGGAGAUUGAUCAGAGUGCUAGUCAGUCAGACGUUCGUAGAGCUUACAGACGGCUCAGUCUCCAGCUGCAUCCUGAUAAGAACAAAGAAGAAAAUGCGGAAGAAAAAUUCAGACAGUUGGUGGCAGUAGCAGAAAUUCUCAAAGACGAAGACACCAGAAAGAGGUAUGAUGAGAUUGUGGAGCAUGGCCUACCCGACUGGAGACAGCCGGUGUUCUACUACAGAAGAGUCCGUAAGAUGGGACUCCUUGAACUCAGCCUCUUACUCUCUGUCAUCCUGUCUGUGGGCCAUUACCUGGUCAUCUGGUCAAUGUACUUUGAAAGGAUGCUGGAAAUAGAAGCAUUGAUCAAGCCCAAGAAAGAGAAGAAGGGCAAGAAGGCCAAACAACAAGCUGCCAACCAGGCCGCAACCGAACAGAUCACAGAGAUUCUCCUACAGGAUCCCAACCUGAUCCAGAAGCCUAAGCUUGCCGACAUCCUCCCCUGGAGGCUGGCCUGUCUGACCAUAGGAACCAUCCGUAGCCUUCCAGGAACCUACAGGAGCGUCCUGGAGUACUGGAGAGCCAGAAGGAAAGCAAAGGAGGAGGAGGAGGAGCUUGAUGAAGGGGAUGAAGAGGGAGAGGAGAGUAGCAGGAGGAAGGAGCAGGGCCCCAGGGAGAAACAGAGGUUGGAUCCGGCGAUGUUAGAUUACGAUCGCUCGGCCAGUGCCUCUGUGACGAUGACGACUGCCGGAGAGGCAGCCAGGAUGAAUGGAGGUCUUGGAGCAAGUGGUGCAAGCGACUCUGAUAAAACUAAAACAAGCUUUGAAUGGACGGCUUCAGAAGUGUCCAGUCUAGUGAAAAUUAUGUCUAAAUAUCCUGGAGGAACAACUGAUAGGUGGACCAGAAUAGCGGAGGAAAUCAAGAAACCAGUUGAUGUGGUGACCAAGAAAGCAAAACAGUUGAAAAGUCAAAAAUUUGCAACAAAUGUUGAUGCUGCUGCACAAGGCAUCACAGGGGGUAUUAAACACACGAUAUCGAGCAAAAGAACUGGUUUGGGACUGAUAACGGAUGGCGUAAUCACCAAUUCAAUUGACGAGGUGGAUUGGGAAGAGGCUGGAUCUAAAAAGAACAGAUCGACCAAACCUGUCAGAUCAAAAGAUAGAACUCUUAUGAUUGCCUCUGAAAAACAAAGUAGUGACCAAAGUGAUACAAGUGUCAGUAAUCGAGUCUUACAAAACAAAGAAGUGGAUGACCUUGUCAAUGAGAGCUGUGCAUGGUCUCAGCGCCAGCAGAAGGUCUUAGAGAAAGCCAUGCAGGUCUACCCCAGAAGUGUGGACGAUAGAUGGGACAAGAUUGCAGACAGUGUACCGGGCAAAACAAAGGAGGAGUGUAUAAUCCGCUACAAGGAACUUGUGGAGGUUGUUAAAAGGAGAAAACAACAAACACCUUCAGCCGAAAGAUGAUGAUGGUUGCUUCGAAUGCAUGACAAAUCUCAUUAACUGUACAUUUUAUUUUUCUGUUGUUAUUGUUUGAAGAGUUUACCGUUAUUCCGAAAGGAGCUAAAUCCAUUUUUGUAACUUCAGAG